AUGGCGACGUGGGUUGAGGUCGGCUCCCUAACUUCUCUGACUGGAGUGCCAGGCCUGGGUGAGAUCACCAAGGAGGAGACCCUAAAACAUACCUAUUUCCUCCAAACCAGCGAUACCUCUGGAGCUACCUCGGGGCCACUCUUGGAAGGAAAAAGCCCCUUCGGGUCCCCAGCCCGCUUACUCCCUCUACCGAGACUCGCCCCGAAACCCUUCUCCAAGGAGAAGGCCUUGGGCCUGAAAUCCCCUGUUGCGUCCUGGGGGCCUGGGCGUCACAGGCCAUCUUCUUUCUGUGAGGUCUUCCAGGAUAAGGUGACACAGCCUCUGGAUGAGAAGAUGCCCAGCUUGCUGGAACGGGAGCCAGGGAGCGGGGAGGGCCUCAGAAGAAGCUCAUCACUCUUUGCCAAGCCUGAGUUUCUGCGGCCCAGCCCGAACAGCAUGAUUCUUUGUGAAACCACCAAGGCUGGCCCCACUUUGGGGCAGCGGGCUGGGGAGGCCAGAGUAGGCAUGUCUCAGGAGCCCCCUGCGGGCGCUCGGCCAGCAGUGGCUGCCAAGCCCGCCGUGCCGGCCCGAAAGCCUGGAGGGGUCCUGUCCCGACCAGCUUCCCUGUCUCAGGACACAAGGCCAGGAGCUACCCAGGAGGAGAUGGGCUCAAAGGAGGCACUCUCAAAGUCCAGCAGUGUGGAGGACACGGGGGGUCCUCCUGUGGAGCCCAAGAAAAGGCCCAUGUCGGCCUUUUGCAUCAAACCCAUUCAGCCUCAGAAGUCAGGCUCAGGGGGAACAGCCACAGAGCGGAAAACGCCCCCUACUCCUCCUGAGAAGACCUGGAUAAGGAGGCCCAGGCCUAUGUCUGUGGAUCUCACAGCCCCGUUUGGGAACAGAGGGGAGGCCUUGCUGAAGAAGGGAGCUCACGAGGCCACAGCGAUUGCCACUCUCCAUCAUCAGCGGCUGGAGAGCUCUGACCCGGAGCCCGAAUUGGACAGGGAGUGUUUGAUCAAAGCAGAGGCUCUCCGUCAGGACCUGGACUCAGACCUCCGGGAGAUGGCCAAGAAGAACCCAGAACCAAAGGAGAAGAUGCUUUUUAAGCAGGCAGAGAUGGGGUGCCUCAGAGCUGCCGGGGACUCAGCUGGAGUCACCCUCACAGAGGACCAGAAUCUUGAGAAAGAGAAAGCCAAGCUCGACAGGGAGAUGGAGAAGGCGCCCAUGUACCCCUCAUCAAGGCCAGGAAAGGGGCAAGAAUCUGCUGAAGUUAAGAGCAGAGCGACCGACAGGGAGAGCCUGGCCAGGAGGGAGUGGGCCUCCCGGGGCAGCAUUAAGAAGCACCUCAGCCGGCAGGAGGAGGGGCAUGCGGUGGUCUCGGCAGUGGGGUCUGAACCCCCUCCGGCCUCUCCUGAGUCUCCACUGGCCAUGCCAGAGGCAGAGAAAGCGGGGAUGAGCGUCCUGGAGCGGAUCAAGGGCUGGACUGCUGAGAGCUCCGAGGCCAGGCUGGAGACCACGAGGAAGACGCCCCAGGCACGGCCGCUGUCAGCAGAUUUCACCAAACUGUUUUCAAGUUCAGCGUCUGGCCGUGAAGUCAAGUAUGAGAAGUGUUCUGAGCUCAGUGGCGAUUCCAGAGAAAAGGAAGGCCGUGGAGCGGAUGGCGACCCUCCCCCAGUGCGCCGCUGGAAGCCUGUGCUCCGGGAGAAGCCCAGGCUGACGGAGUGCAAAGACAGUUCUACCCAUGUUAGGGGUGGGGGUGACAGCUCUGGCGGUGCUCUGAGUCCUUCUGACAUCACUGAGAAGGACGAUGGAGGCUUCCAGACCGUGCGGGCCACGCUGUUUGAGCAUCACGUGGAGAGACACACCGUGGUCACAUCCCCUGGCAAGGUGGCUGCUACCUGCCUGCCGGAGGUCAGACCCAGGCCAGAGCGGGGCUCCUGGCCAGAAAAGGACAUGCUGGAAAAGACAGACUUCAAGAGAGAGAACGCCAGGUGGUUUGAAAAACCUGACCGUGAGAAGUGGGCGCGGACCACGCUGUCCAGCGGGGAGCCCCUCCUGGAGAAAUACCUUUCGGGGGAAAGAUCCGGUCACAGCGAGCUCCUCAAGCGCUCGGAGAACCCACCCCUCUUGCAGAGGGUUGAGUCCAAGUGUGAUACCCUGCGGGCAGGGGGUGAGGGCCCCCACAGCAGCGAGGUCACCUUGGCACUGGAGGGAAAGGCCCUGGUGGCCGGGAGCUGCAGUUCUCGGCCCUCGCCGAAGGGCAGGCAGCUGACCCUGGAGACUGUUGCUGCUGACCCAGAGUGCAGGCUGGAUGGGCCCAUGCAAAGGGCCAGUUCUAACAGGGAAGCUCGAGGGACCCAUGAGGCCAGCCCGAAGCCUGACUUCCGAGAGCCAAAGGACACCUGGGGGAGCAGCUCUCUGUCCCCCAAAUGGAUCGGGGGGAUGACUGUGAACUGGCAUAAAGCCCCCAUGGUGGUCAGUGAAGAGAAAGGCCGGGGGCUGAGCCCCGAAGUGGCCAGGGGGCCCUCAGAGAGGCUGUGUGGCCGGGAGGACAUCUCAGCGAGGGCCGUCCAGGCUACCACCAGGGAGGCUCCACGAGAGGCCCUCGACGAGGUAGUCCCAGCAGGCAAAAGGGGUGGCCCUCCGGGGUACCCUCUGGAGCCACCCCCUGACUUGGGAGCACGGUCACAUCCAGACAUGCCGGGGCAGGCGUCCACCCUGGCUGCGGCUGCCUGCAGGGGUGAGCACAGGCUGGCUCCAGGGCCUCUGCCAGAGGUCAAGAUGCGCAAGGCCAGCUCCUCCGACCAGAAGGUGGACAGGUGGCGGCGGCGGACUCUCCCCCACCAUGUGAAGUUUGAUGAGUUUAGCACCCUGGUGCCACCACAGUCUCCCAAGGCGGAGCAGAGAGAAACCGAUUAUUUGACCCACUCUGAUACCACUGCCUUAAGGAAACCUCAACUGUCCCACAAUGGGGUUCCUACCCAGGAGGGGAGCUCAGGUGUUUCGCAAGACCGGACUUUUCCAACUGUGAAGCCGGGGUCUUCUGUGGAGCCCAAGGCAACAUUUUUUGCUGUGACCUACCAGAUUCCAGAGACUCAAAAAUCAAAGAGCAUUGUUAAGCCAGGGCCCCAAAACGUAACAGAACCUCCUAGAAACAUAACCCCACCCCCAACUUCUCAUUCUUUGACAUCUCCCUUGGUUUCUCUUAACCAUGAAGAGACACUAGAUGUCGGGGCCAGUAAAAACUGGGCUAGGGACAGGCAGCAUGACAGUGUAAGCUUUCCAAACUCUCAGAGGCCAAAACACCAUCGACUCUCUCUAGGGGACAGGAUUCUGGAUCCUUCUAGUGAAAAAAUCAGUGCCGAUGCCUUAUGGCAUCCCCGGGUACAGGAAGAUGGUGCUGGUUUCCAGGACCAUUGGAAGGACAGUGAGAGCAAGCUGUCCCUCAGCAAUGCUCCACAAAUGACUCCAACUUUCAAAAGUCGCCAGAAAUCCAGCGACCUCGUCAGGAGGAGGUCCGAGGUACUGAGCGAGACGUUCCCAGGCAAAAACAAAGAUGGCUACAGGUCUAGUGUCCUGGACCUGGAUGCUCUGAUGCAGGAGUACAGGAAGCAGCCCGCGAGAGACCCCAAGGAGGCUCAGGAGGGGCCGGCUGCUGACCCUCGCCGUUCAGGUGCAGACAGGUGGGGCCAGCAAGGCAGAACGGAACAGUCAAGGAGGAGCGUGAGGGAGAUCUUUGAAGCUGAGGGUCCCCCGAAACAAGCCAGUUUUGCAGAACCCAACCAAGUUUCUUCUCCAACUCAGGCAUGCUACCUGCGCACCUCCAUAAACAGCAAAUGCAACUCUCCCCUAUGGAUUCCCUCCCCCUCGGCUUCUUCUGAAGAAUAUCCAGUGUUCUCUUUUGGCUCUGAGGGUCCCCGAAAGAAGGUCUUAGGAGUUGUUGAGGAUGAACAAGAGGCCUUCGCUAGUAAAUACCGUGGUGGGAAGAGUCUGAAUUACCCAGCCGAGUCACAGCCCGCUGCCCGGGAAGAUCCUGGCACCGGGGCCAGCAUUUCCCUCGUGUCUGCCCCCACUGACCAGAAGAAAGGGGCCCCGAGGAAACUCAUUGGGAAGGAAGAGGAGGGCAGUGUAGCCCAGCGGACUGACCACCCACACGACCAUGGAAGGUCCCUGUUGGACUUGAAGAUGACUCACUCUGAGAAAGGGGCCCCUUCCAAAUUCCAAGAGGAACUGUCCGUCAUGCAGGAUGCCAGAGAGAGGAGGCGAGAACAACCCAGAGGGAGGCACAGCCUCUCCAUGGACAGUUGGGAGGAUAAAGAGGCCGGAACGCGAACUUGUCGGAGAGCGUCUGGUGUUCGAGAUCGUCCAAAGGUGAUGGCUCAGGUCCUGGAGCGGGAGGAUGCGCCCCAGCACAGCGGGCAGCAGGUGUCCCCCAUGACCUUGGGCUCUCAGAGAAGCCACAGCUUCUGCAAGGACAGGGGGAAUGAACCCUUGGUGGACCAGCUGAAGCAGUGUUUCACCAGGAGGUCCCCCGAAGCCAAGGACACCGACACCCUCGUGCAGGAAGCCAACAGCCAGUAUGGGACGUGGACGGACCAGCGCCCCAGCGGGGAGAGCGUGGCCGCCGAGUCCCCAUCCCCGGACAGCAGUGCUGCUUCGGCGCGGAAACAGCCCCUCAGCAGCCGCUUGUCCUCACUGUCCUCCCAAACGGAGCCCACCUCGGUGGGGGACCCCCACGACUGCUCGAGGCACCAGCGGAGCACCAGUGUGGACCGCUCUAGCACUGACCUGGAGUCCACUGACGGGACGGACGGGCCCCCGCGGGACGCCGGCUCUGUGACGAAGCUGGACGACUUCUCCUUCAUCGAUCAAACCUCAGUCCUCGACUCAAGUGUCCUCAAAACCCGGGUGCAGCUCAGCAAGAGAAACCGCCGCCGGGCCCCCAUCGCUCUCCGGCGCAGCCGCACCAUCGACGUGGAGAGCAGGUCUCCCUCAGAGGAGGCCGACAGCGUGUGGAUGUUCAAAGACUCAACGGAAGAGAAAUCCCCCCGGAGGGACGAGUCUGACGAGGAGGAGAAGCCCCCCCGAGCCGAGAGGACACCGGGCAGCCACCCUCAGAGGAUGCCCAUGUUCCCAGGACUGGACCCGGCCGUGCUAAAGGCUCAGCUGCACAAGAGGCCAGAGGUGGACAGUCCUGGCGAGACCCCCGGCUGGGCGCCCCAGCCCAGAAGCCCCAAGUCCCCCUUCCAGCCUGGGGUGCUGGGCAGUCGGGUGCUGCCUUCCAGCAUGGAGAAGGACGAGAGAUCAGAAGAGACCUCCCCUCAGUGGCUGAAGGAGCUGAAGUCUAAGAAGAGACAAAGCCUGUAUGAGAAUCAAGCUUGAGCAGUGCAGUGCAUGACGCGUAUGCUCGUUAAGCCUCCAGAAAUCCAUUGGAGGAAACUCAAGUCUCAGAGCUGAGUGUGACCGAGCCUGCACAUCACUUCAUUCCACUGCGUCCACCUGCCUGCCUCCUCCUCACUCCACCUUUCGAGAAAAACAAAAAACAAAAGUUUGUGGCUGUCUUAAGGCGACACAGAAAAAGCUGUCGACCCCAUGUCUCCCCCUACCCCCUACCCUGCCUUCUGCUGACUCGAGGACUCCCCCUUCCUCUCCAGAUGGGGACUCUGCCACGCCUACCUAACAGAAGCCUUAACCGUCAGAAGCCGAGACAAGGCCCCGCCGCUGCGCGUCUCUCCCGCCCUGGCUACCUGCCUGGGCCCUCCAGUCGGGCCCUGGGCCCUUCCCCUCCUCUGGCUCUCCGGAUGAGGCCGCAGCACCCCUCACCUGCAAACACUGGCACAUCUUCCCAGGAGCUCUUCAGACGGAGAAAGACAUCAAUUUGCCCAGCAUUGUCGAUGGGGCGGAUUUUUUUUAAUGUAAAAAUGUGCAUUUCCAUCCACCUUGGACACCAGCAGCAGCUCCAGGCCGGACGGACGCCUCCCUGGGUUCUGUAAGACAUCUGAAUUGUGGGAGCGUCUCCUCCCUCACCUCAGGCUGGGAUCUUUUUUGAAAGGACAUUCCCCAGAAAGAAGAAACUGUUAGUUUCCUGCUGUCAUUUGGUCUGUCAGCAGCACCACGUUUGGGGGAGGGGAGGCUUGAUUACUUUCAACACAUUUCUUGUCCCUCUAGAACAAUCAGCAUUGGUGAUUUCCAGACAUACCCACCCUCUCUCCAAGUGUGUCUAUCCUUCCAGUGGGGCCGUGUGUAUAGAGGACUUAUUUUGCUGUAUGUCAUUUUUGUUUGCUUGAGAAGGCGAUAAAGCAAUAAUCCAGCCAAUUUUCUUUGAGAUUUGAUAAUGUAUAUAUGUUUUUACAUUGACGUGUAGGAAGACAUGUGUGAAUAGGUUGAAGAAUCCAAUCAUCUCAGGUUAUCUUAUCCCUAUCCAGGCCUUUUUAAAAAUUGGGUUACCUGCCUUGUACAUAUUUCCUUGUUUCUUUUCAUUCGAAUGCUGAUUUCUGGAGGGUGACCUUUUCCCUUGGUCUCAAGGGUUUGCACCUGCAGCCCAAUAGGCCGUGCCUUUCCUACCACACAGCAGCCUGACCCCCAGAAUCUUUCACUAGAGUCUUUUUUUGUUCCAGAAGUGAGUUGCCAGCAUGGAGGAGCUUGUCCACCUUCGCUUAAGAAUGAGCACAUGGGUGGGAUUCUCUUCGUUCUCACCUCUUCGUUAUACCCAACCCCAACUCCACUUGAUCAGAUGUUUUCUUUCUGUCUAAAUGCAGGAAGUGAGGAGCCUGCUGAAAGCUUUUCUGUGGAUAGGAGUCCCCUGGCUGUGGGCUAUGCCAGGCGGGAGGCCUCAGGUGUCUACACCUGCCUUGUCUCUUUUUCUUGUUGGCUGUAAGCUCAUGCCUAGGCAUCUCCAAGACCCUUGGGAACUCUCGAGGAGAACUCUCACAUUCUCCUCUGUCCUUUGUUUUGGGAGCCCUUCAUACCAGCCUCCUCACACCCAAAGCCAAGGCUCCAGCCAGCAUCUCAGAUAUGGUGACCACCCACCGCUCCUGGAAUUACCGUUAACUUUGUGCCAACUGUCUGGGAGAUGCCCGUGAGUGAGAAAGAUGCCUGGGGAGUUUGUAUGGCAGCUGUGGUUGUAGAGGUGUCUGGGGCUGAGUUUCUUCAUGGCGUAGUGCGCAGUGAUCGCUGGCAUGUGCAUCUGCACCCCAGCCCUGAAUUCCCAAGAGGUGAAAAUCUUUCUUGAUAAGUGCAUUUUGAUAAUGGUGUCAAAAAAUACCUCUCUUCUCUCUGGCCAUCUCUCUGAGAGUCUCCAUUCAGUGCUCUAUCUCUUCUUCCCUUAUCCUGUACCACUUCCUUCUCUAGGUCAGAAUUCAGAAGGAGCACAGUCUUGUUUCUCCAGGGUAAGACAACUGAGAGCUUUGAGGUCCAGCACCACAGACAGGCCUUACAGGGCCCGUCCUGCCCUUCCUUCCAGGCUGAGCUUUGGCCCCCGUGAGCAGCUGAGUUAUUGGACCUCUUCACCUGCUCAGACUUUUCAAUCUGGAAGUCUCAAGCACCAGUAUCUAGAGGUUUGGUCGUAUUGAUAAUAGUUUCGAUUGUCUUUAUUUCCUGCAUUUCAAUCAGUUCUCUGUGGCCACUUGGGUAGGGAUUUGAUUCCUCCAGGAACUGUUGCUUCAGUUGAUUUUUGCUUUUUUUUUUCUUUUUGGAAUCCAAGCCACAUUUUAUAACACUGCUUUACAUCCAAGUAGUGACCCUUCGGGCCAAUAGAGCCCCUUACAAGACUCUUCUAGUGUUUGCACCCAGACUUCUUGUGGCUGCUGUUUCUUUUCCUUCGGGUGGGAAGGGCCCCUGGGCAGUAGGAAUUGAUCUGCUCCAUGCAGUGUGAUUACCAAUACCCAUCAUGCAGUGCUUCCAUUUUUAGCUAGUCAUGUUUUAGCUCAAGAAUACCUUUCAGAGAAAAACACUUGAAAAUGAGGUUGACCUGCAGGGCUCUAGCCUAAUCUCCUACAUCUUGAUUACACAAAAUAAAAAUCUGUUUAAUUCCUUUGGUGAUCAGGACACAGAAUAUCCACUCCCCAACCCCCUUGAAGCUGACUGGAACAGGAGCCUCAACUCCAUU